AGAAGCAUGAAACUUCCCAAGUUGAUUGUUUUCAUUUGUCAUAAAUGUUUUAUGAAAUUUAUUCUAAAUAUUCAUAUCGGACAUGAUCUAAUUAGAUAUGCACUGAUUUGCAAAUACACCCAAAUUUGUUCUUUGGACGUUUUUUUUCCAAUCGUGUGAAAAAAGACGACCAGAAUAGUAGAUGAUUGACCAAAAUCUCAAAAUGUAUCAAGUGAUGUGCGUCUCAAAUACAAAACUGACCUAUCCCAAUGUCUUACGGUUCCCAGAAUGUCAUUUUUAAGUGAGAAUCGGUUUGUGUUUGCCUCUUAGAGACCACGGGGCCUCACUCCAGUCACAACAGUAGGUGGCAGUGUGGCUGGCAGUUCAUUUGCAUUCACAGAACAUCUUACAUUGAUGGUGCCCUAAAACCCUCUAAUUUAUUCCAUUUAAUGAAGAGGACCAACAUCAGAGUGACCGACAUCAUAUUAACGUGUCACACUUCUGAUAAAAAAAAAAAAAACGGGGGGGGGACAAAAUGUCUCACAAUUUGAAUACAGUUAAGUCAUCUCAGCAACUGAAACCAGGAAAACCUCAAACACAAUCACAGUCUAAAUCUGCCUCUGCAGCUUCUCACGGACAUGAAAGAGCAAACACUUUCAAGGCGCCUCCUCGCUGUCUCUGUGAGCAAGGGAGAUCAAAUCCUACAGACACACUCAGACCAAUACCAGUACCGAUAACACUCCAGAGUACAGAAAUCACAGUACGGUACAAAGGAGACAGUAAACAAACCAAAUCAAAGGUCUUUAACCUAAAAACUAAUAAAUAUAAUAUAAAGGGCACCCGGCCUUUUACUUCAUACAUGUUACAACAACACCAACAUUCACGAGACGCAGUGAACAAUCACAACCUGACUUCAUCUUAAUUUAGUGAUGGAAACUCCAGUCUGAGGAAAUGUAACACCACAGUCAUAUGUGAGAGUCACCAUGGUUUCCUAAAUUUUAUUUCAAUUUUGUUUAUACCAUCUCCACAUAGAGGGACAUGAUUGUUGUCUAGUCUGUCAGAGCGUGGUCCAGGCUGAGAUAACACAACUACUGGAUGGUCAAACAAUAUAAUAUGUUGACCUCUGUGAUGUAUUUUGUUGAGUUGUGUCCUUAGGUUUUGCAAAAGCUUUCCAACAUUGCUCAAACCAGAGAGAACGAGGGAGGAAGAAAGUCAACGUGACUAAACAUUACAUUUAUAAAACUUUAUAACGUUACCUUAUCUGUGAAUGUUCAUGCCUGAGUCGCGUAGACAGAUUUAAAUCAGCAAUACCUCUUACAUCUUUUGUUUUGAUUGAGACCCCUAGCAGCAGAAAUUACAUUCAUGCUUCCCAGUGGAUGAAUCCUACUGACCUUGGUGAUCCUCUGACUCCUCAUCUGGCACCAAAAUCAUGCAAACAUUUCAUUGAUCCAAUGCUUGGCUUGAAUAGCUGCAAAACUACCAUCCCACUGCAUGCUAAUGUGCUAAUAAGGUGGACACUAAACCUGUUGAACAUCAGCAUGUUCACACUUACUUUAGUUUAUUAUGAUCUAGAGUAACUGACGCCAGGACGUCAGCUAGUCUCUUGGGGUCGGUGGAGUUGUGAUCAUGUUAGCAUGCUGAUGUUAGCGUUAAACCACUGUUUUUAAAAAGGAAUGAUUAAGUGGGUCGGGGUUAGGUGCCCCUGAUUUCUGGGUACACUUAAAUACAACUCAUGUCCUUAGAAGUUACAAAUACUAAUGUUCUGGCAAUCUGUAGUGACCAUGCAUGCCUGUAUCUUUACACAGUGAGAGUAAGGUAAGAGUUUGGACUAAGUUCACCUCUGCCUUGAUUUUAAAUGACUGUAACGUACCACUCAAAAUACACUCACAAUGUGUGGCAUGACUCAGGAAGUGGUGAUGAAACGACAAAGGUAGAGAAAGCAGAAGUGUGUCUGGCACAGUGCAGACAGUCAGACAGCGACUGUGAAGAGUUGAGUGAGAUGUUGGCAACCGAGAGCUGCAUCAGCGUCAAUGCGACGGUCAACUGUUCAUUUGCACAGGUGGACCGCGCGAUGAAGUAUCUGGAGCUGGUCAUCUAUGUUCCCAUAUUUGUCCUUGGUUUGACUCUCAACGCUGUGGCGCUGUUUGUGUUCUGCAUCGUUCUGCGAAAAUGGACGGAGUCAACUAUCUACAUGACCAGCUUGGCUCUGAUGGACCUGCUCCUCCUCUUCCCUCUUCCCUUCAAAAUGCAUGCCACCAAUUAUUAUUGGAAUGCCGACCUCCAGCGUCUCUGUUCGAUCUUGGAGAGUCUGUAUUUUGUUGGAAUAUAUGGCAGCAUCUACACCAUCAUGUGUAUAGCUGUGGACAGAUGGAUGGCUAUCUGUCACCCAUUCAAAGCCAAGCAACUGCGGUCACCCCAAGCAGCUCUGGGGAUCUGCCUGGCGGUGUGGGUGGUGGUGCUGGCAGCGAUCUUUCCAACCACCUAUAGCUUCAGAGAGGCCGGGAAGGAAGAGUUCCACUGCUUCCACCGGUUUUCAGGGAAAGGCUGGAGCCCUGUGGUGAUCAUCUGCGUGCAGGUGUUUGGGUUCCUCCUGCCUGCACUGGUGCUGGUUUACUGUUCUGUCAAGACCAUCUGGGCCCUCCAGCAGUCGGGCCAGCACAGCGCGCAGAGCCGGGCCUGUGUGAAGAUCAUCUACAGUAGUCUGAGCGCCUUCCUGCUGCCUUUCACCCCAAGCCACCUCGGCAUUCUGCUGCAGUUCCUGGUGCACCAAAAAGUGAUUACAGACUGUAGCUCCAUGCAAACCAUCAGCCUGUUCAUACAGGUAACUAUGUGCCUGUCCAACAUCACCUGCUGUCUGGACGCUUUGUGCUACUACUUCAUCGCUCAUGAGGUGAGAAGCACCAGAAACAGCUUCAGGCUCUCGAGGAUAAGCCAAAGAAGAGCCACAUUCAGCACUUCAGAGGUCUGAACAGGGGAGGAAUAGAGUUUUAGUUAAAGCAAAAUUAGUCCUUUUAGAGGACUGCUGGUAGUGAAGACCUGGCUUCUUGAGCACUGAAACUGAAAAGGGGCCAGUGUUGUUUCCAGCAGCAGGGCACAUGUGGCGUGCACCGCAAUGGGUGAAAAACAAGCAGGUCAGAGUGCAAUCUCAAUUAACCACAGUGCUGACAGUAACGUUAAAAUGUAGCAUAGGGAGAAGAUGCGACAAGCACUGAAACAUGAUUUGGUCCAGUGAUAGGAAGCUGGCAGCCACCUUUGUAACCUCAAAGGGCUCUUAUACCCAAGACGUAGGCUGCAAAAAGGAAAGUCUAGCAAAGAAGCCACAUGGUGAGUUAUUUCUUGAACGAUUUUAAGAUCGCGCUUUUGUGAUGGUGAGAAAACUGCUUCACCCUCCUCACUGAUGAGUGAGAAUCUGAUGUGGGGUACGAUUCAUUUUCAAACCCAAGGAGCUCACUGCGGGGCUUUGUAGGAUUAAAUAUGUGCUCAGAAGUGUCGAGUCAAAGAUAAGUAAAGGCGCUCUUAAUGUUCUGAAGCUCGCAGUUAAGAACAAAAAAACAACCAUUUAAGAUCGAAGGAGACACAAUUUGGAAUAGUUCGGCGAAACAGAUACCGUAAGUACAUCUGUGAAACAUCAAGUGAAACAUCUUGUUAGAUAACUACUUAUGAUAUCAACAACAAGAUUUAUUCAUAUAGCACAUUAUAUAUAAAAUGCACAUUUUCAUAUGAAUGCAACAAGAAAUGAAUAAAACUAAAUCAAUAAAUAAAUAUAUCAAUAAAUUAGUAUAGUAAUUAUAGUAAUUAAAUUAGUAAAUCUCACAAAGUCAAGAAGCAAUUGUGAUCUUAAAGAUGAAAUGAAUGUAAUUAACUAUUAUUUAUUAAUUAUCAUCUAGAAUUACCAUCUUAAUGUUUUUCUUUUCUUCUUUUCCUCUGGCACUUUUUUGUUUUAAAAAUAUUAUUAACUUGCAGCAGAAAAGUAAUUGUAAAUGUAUUAAACCCAUAAAUCUUGCUGUUCAGACAUUUUUAUAUGAUUUAUAAGAAUCUAAUGCAGAAGUUAAAUUUAUGUAACCAUCAUGUAAUUAUUAUUGUAUAAAUGAAGUCUGAUGCCGGGCGGCAGAGAUUUUGUGGGCAUUACGCUCAAUCAUUUCUUAAAACAGUCCUGAUUUGACUGAUGUCGGCUGAAUGUUUUAUGAAUGCAAACUGACUGACUGUGUGUUUUGACUUGACCUU